GGAGCGGAGCGGCGGCGGCGGCGCGGCGCGGGGCGCGGGGCGGCAUGGCCACCACCGCGCAGUACUUGCCGCGGGGCCCCGGCGGCGGAGCCGGGGGCACGGGACCGCUUAUGCAUCCGGAUGCCGCGGCGGCAGCGGCAGCGGCGGCGGCAGCCGAGCGGCUGCACGCGGGGGCCGCGUACCGCGAAGUGCAGAAGCUGAUGCACCACGAGUGGCUGGGCGCGGGCGCGGGCCACCCCGUGGGCCUAGCGCACCCGCAGUGGCUACCCACGGGAGGAGGCGGCGGCGGCGACUGGGCAGGCGGCCCGCACCUGGAACACGGCAAGGCGGGCGGCGGCAGCGCUGGCCGAGCCGACGACGGUGGCGGCGGCGGCGGUUUCCACGCGCGCCUGGUGCACCAGGGGGCGGCCCACGCGGGCGCGGCAUGGGCGCAGGGCGGCACGGCACACCACUUGGGCCCGGCCAUGUCGCCGUCGCCGGGGGCUGGCGGGGGCCACCAGCCCCAACCGCUCGGGCUGUACGCGCAGGCGGCCUACCCGGGGGGCGGCGGCAGCGGCCUGGCCGGAAUGCUGGCGGCGGGCGGCGGCGGCGCGGGGCCGGGCCUGCACCACGCGCUGCACGAGGACGGCCACGAGGCUCAGCUGGAGCCGUCGCCUCCGCCGCACCUGGGCGCCCACGGACACGCACACGGACAUGCACACGCUAGCGGCCUGCACGCGGCAGCGGCGCACCUGCACCCGGGCGCGGGCGGCGGUGGCUCGUCGGUGGGCGAGCACUCGGACGAGGACGCGCCCAGCUCGGACGACCUGGAGCAGUUCGCCAAGCAGUUCAAGCAGCGGCGCAUCAAGCUGGGCUUCACGCAGGCCGACGUGGGGCUGGCGCUGGGCACGCUGUACGGUAACGUGUUCUCGCAGACCACCAUCUGCCGCUUCGAGGCCCUGCAGCUGAGCUUCAAGAACAUGUGCAAGCUCAAGCCGCUGCUCAACAAGUGGCUGGAGGAGACCGACUCGUCCAGCGGCAGCCCCACCAACAUGGACAAGAUCGCGGCGCAGGGCCGCAAGCGCAAGAAGCGCACGUCCAUCGAGGUGGGGGUCAAAGGCGCGCUCGAGAGCCACUUUCUCAAGUGCCCCAAGCCCUCGGCGCAUGAGAUCACAGGCUUGGCCGACAGCCUGCAGCUGGAGAAGGAGGUGGUGCGUGUCUGGUUCUGCAACCGGCGGCAGAAGGAGAAGCGCAUGACCCCGGCGGCCGGCGCCGGCCACCCGCCCAUGGACGACGUGUACGCGCCCGGCGAGCUGGGGCCGGGCGGGGGCGGUGCGUCGCCGCCCUCGGCGCCCCCGCCGGCCGCGCUGCACCACCACCACCACACACUGCCCGGCUCCGUGCAGUGACCCCGCGGGCCGGGCCCCCCGCCGGUGCGCGGCGAGGCGCCGCGCGGCCUGAACUCUUUUUGUUCGGUUGCUUUGGAUUUUACAAAAAGCCCAGAAACUUUCGAAUAAAACCAAACACCCGGACGACCCUCUCCUGCGAGCGGCGAAGACGGCCGAUAGGCUGCGUCGCCCGAGCCCCGAGAGAGAGGAGCGAAGAUCCGGAACGCGCCAACUCACCCCGGGCAUCCUGCCCGCCGCCUGCUCCCUGCCCCCAACCCCUCGACGACCCCCGCCCCUGCCCCCCCGGGCUGUUCGGGGCCGGAUCCCGGCAGCGGCCUCCCCACAGCGACAGGUAACGCGGUACGGGGUUAGGGAUUACCCGGGAGAGAGGACGGAGAGGAGAGUUCCCCAUCCCUCUCCCCGGCGCGGAUUCCCGAGCCUGAGUGUCGAGGGUGGGGGACUGUCACUUUAUUCGCUCCACGCCUCUUCUCUCUCAUAAGGAUGCGCCCCAUCCCCCUUACCUUUCCUCCGGGCUUGGUUUUUUACAGUUUUUAUUUAUUCACGGAGCCUCUCGGCUCCUGGGGUCCUUCUAACUCCGCCCGCGCCCUUAAUUUAAAUCGCUGUAUACUGUAUUUAUCGGGGCCCCGGAGGGGAGGCCGCGAGAGCCGCGUCUGUGUAUAAAAGCAGGAAAUAGCCAAAGCUUUAAUCUAGCCUAAUUUAUUUUUUCCCCUUACCUUCCCCUACCCUACCCC